AUGGCGGCCCAACCCAAGCAAGGCGGUUUUCACCUGCCCGCUAGGCGAUCUGCCUCCAACUCCGACCCCAGCAUCCUCACCAAGAUCACUUCCUCCGCUAUCGUUUCUCGUGGUAAGCAGGCGGCCUGCGAUGCCACUUUCGUCUCCAAGAAGCUCCUCCGUAGCACCGGCAAAGCCGCCUGGAUCGCCGGGACAACCUUCUUGAUCUUGUUUGUCCCUUUGAUCAUCGAAAUGGACCGCGAGCAGCAGUUCAAUGAGCUCGAGCUCCAGCAAGCUAGUCUCCUCGGUGCCCCGCCCACUGGACCACCCCAUAAGUAAUCGGGUCAGAGGUUAGAGCUUAGUUUUUUUAUCCCUGUUUCAGGCCAUUGCCCCCUUGGUUAUUCUAGUAAAACCAUUCAGUUGUAGUUUUAGAUUUUUUCUUUAAAAAAAAAAAAGAUUAUACCUCUGUUUUAAGUUUCAAAUACUAGUGGAAAUGUUGGUAUUGGACUUGGUUUUAUCAAGUUAAUCCCCAUGGAUUUAUGUGAAGUUGGACUGUGUUUGAUAUUGCUCUGAUAAAGUAAUUAAAACCUGGGAGUGUUCAUU